CCCAUUAUAGAUAGAUACGCCGCGCCUUCCUCGCUUGCGGCGUUGGGUGGGCCUAUGGACCACGACCUUUGGUACGGAUCUUCUAUGUCACCUUUCGGCCCACGACAACGCUCGAGCUCUGAAUGUAUGGGCGUCUUAAUAAUAAUAAUAAUAAUAAUAAAG